CCGCACCUGGCGCUCCGGGCUUCCUCCUUGGACACAGCGCGCAGCGCCGGGAGCCCGAGCUCCCCAGGAGGAGUGGAGCAGGAGCCGGCACCCAAGGCGGGAGGGGUGGCGACGGCGGCCGGUGCGACGUCGGGAGGCGAGCCGCGAUGGCCGAGUUCCCGUCUAAAGUGAGCACGCGGACCAGCAGCCCAGCGCAGGGCGCCGGCGCCUCGGUCUCGGCGCUGCGCCCGGACCUGGGCUUCGUGCGCUCCAGCCUCGGUGUGCUCAUGCUGCUGCAGUUGGCGCUGGGACUGCUGGUGUGGGCCCUGAUUGCCGACACCCCAUACCACCUGUAUCCGGCCUACGGCUGGGUGAUGUUCGUCGCUGUCGUCCUCUGGCUGGUGACAAUCGUCUUCUUCAUCCUCUACCUGUUUCAGCUGUACAUGAAGUUGUACAUGCUACCCUGGCCGCUGUUGUUGAUGAUAUUCAACACGGGCGCCACGGUUCUCUACAUCACAGCCUUCAUCACCUGCUCUGCUGCGGUGGACCAGACGUCCCUGAAGGGCACCCGGCCGUAUAACCAGCGUGCAGCUGCCUCUUUCUUUUCGUGUUUAGAGAUGAUUGCCUAUGGAUUGAGCGCGUAUUUCAGCUUCCAGGCCUGGCGAGGAGUAGGCAGCAACGCGGCUACCAGUCAGAUGGCUGGUGGCUACACCUAAACCACCUGUGCCACGGCUCGCCUUGGGGCUGAAGGCUGCAGCCGGGCCACAGUGCAGCGUGGCUUUGCAAGCUCGAGGCCUGAGCCCUGUGUGGAGUCAGCCCGAAGGGACGACACCUGCUCCUCUCUGACCAUCAGACUUGGGCUCACCUGACAUUCCUAAGGAACCAUGACCCUUCUGGUUUGGCCCAAGUCGGCACGUGCAUAGGUUGGAAAGAGGCCAACACCCAAGGCUGCCUCCCCAUCCCCCUUAUUCAGCAGAAGGUGACGGGGGAUAUAGGGCUUUGUCUUUAGAAGACUUCAGUGUCCAAGGCUGGGCCCAGCCUUCUCACCAGCACUAAAUACACUAACAAGGACUCCAGACCUGCAGCCCCUGACCCACCACAGAAUAAGCCUAACAAGCAACGUGUAUUUAUCUUUAUAUCUUAGUCUUUGUUCCGGGAGUGCAGAGCAAGCUCAAGAAACUGUUCUGAUUCUUUAAAACAAUUCUGAUGUGACCCUCCCCCAAGCCAACAUGUGGCUUGUAGGGAGACAUUUCUGACAGCACGGUCUUCCUUUCCUGCAUUUCAAACAUACGUGCCGGUUAUUGAAAGCAAAUUGGUUUUAAGCGACUUCUCAACGAUGAAAACCUGUCCAGGCUCCCCUCCCUUUCCCAAGCCCUUGUUUGCAACAGUCCUCUGGGAAAAGCUAACGCCAAUACCAACCGCCUCCCUGACACUGUUGAUUAGGCACAUGGGACAUGAAGGAGGGAGGGAAUCAAGACCUUGCCUGGUGAGUUGUCACACGCUUGGUGGUGACUUUGUUUUGUUUUUUUACAAAAAUAAAGAUGGAAGAACUUAUUUGGAAAA